UUUAUGACCAACUUCUUUAUAAGUCUAAACUGAGCGAUAAUCAUUAAAAGUAUCUUUUUAAGAUGAUAGUAAGGAAGCUCCACAGGCUGGCGAGAUGUAUAGAGGUCAGUCAAGAGGUGAAAAGUGCCCUGGAUGCCAGGAGACCUGUAGUGGCCCUAGAGAGCACAAUAAUCACUCAUGGAAUGCCGUACCCCCACAAUGAAGAGACAUCGCUUCAGGUAGAAAACAUCAUACGGGAACAAAAUGCUGUUCCUGCUACAAUCGCCAGUUAUUAG